UGUCUCUGUUGAUUUAUGAGUUGUUUACUUGUAGGCUUUGACUGUAAGUUAUAUGUCUAAAGGUGACUAUAAGACAGUGAAGGAAAUUGCUCACUAUGUGCUGAAGGUAGGAUUGCUCACAGGUCUUGCCUUGUCUGCAAUUUUGGGUCAAUCUUUUGGUUCAUUAGCUACUCUGUUCACCAAGGAUGCUGAAGUACUAGCAAUUGUUGGUACUGGAGUAUUGUUUGUCAGUGCUAGUCAACCUCUGAAUGCACUAGCUUAUGUUUUUGACGGUCUCCAUUCUGGUGCUUCGGAUUUUGCAUAUGCUGCCCGUGCCAUGAUGGUGGUGGGAGGAAUGUCUUCUGCAUUUUUGCUAUAUACUCCGAUAGUCAUUGGUCUUCCCAAGAUUUGGUUAGGGUUGACUCUGUUUAUGGGUUUGCGGGUGGUGGCUUGAUUUUACAGGUAUGCAUACAAUA